CCCCUGCCCCCCCGCCGCUACUGCGGAUAAUGAGCGCCUCGGGCCGCCGAGCGCAGCCGGAGUAUCCACCCCGAUGACCACGGGCUGAGUCCCGCGCAGCCACCAUGUCCGUGGCCUUCGCGUCCGCCCGGCCAAGAGGCAAAGGGGAGGUCACGCAGCAAACCAUCCAGAAGAUGCUGGACGAGAACCACCACCUGAUCCAGUGCAUCCUGGAGUACCAGAGCAAGGGCAAGACAGCCGAGUGCACGCAGUACCAGCAAAUCCUGCACCGGAACCUGGUAUACCUGGCCACGAUCGCAGACUCCAACCAGAACAUGCAGUCCCUGCUUCCUGCCCCGCCCACGCAGAACAUGAACCUGGGCCCUGGAGCCCUGACUCAGAGUGGCUCCAGCCAGGGCCUGCACUCCCAGGGCAGCCUGAGUGACGCCAUCAGCACGGGCCUGCCACCCUCCUCCCUCCUGCAGGGCCAGAUUGGCAACGGGCCAAGCCAUGUGUCCAUGCAGCAGACGGCGCCUAACACGCUGCCCACCACCUCCAUGAGCAUCUCGGGGCCCGGCUACAGUCACGCGGGGCCUGCCUCACAGGGCGUCCCCAUGCAGGGGCAAGGCACCAUCGGCAACUACGUGUCUCGGACCAACAUCAACAUGCAGUCCAACCCAGUCUCCAUGAUGCAGCAGCAGGCGGCCACGUCGCACUACAGCUCGGCUCAGGGCGGCAGCCAGCACUACCAGGGCCAGUCGUCCAUCGCCAUGAUGGGGCAAGGCAGCCAGGGGAGCAGCAUGAUGGGGCAGCGGCCUAUGGCGCCCUACCGGCCCUCCCAGCAAGGCUCUUCCCAGCAGUACCUGGGCCAAGAGGAGUACUAUGGCGAGCAGUACAGCCACAGCCAGGGCGCCGCAGAGCCCAUGGGCCAGCAGUACUACCCCGAUGGCCAUGGCGAUUACGCCUACCAGCAGUCAUCCUACACGGAGCAGAGCUACGACCGGUCAUUCGAGGAGUCCACACAGCACUACUACGAGGGGGGAAACUCCCAGUACAGCCAGCAGCAGGCUGGGUACCAGCAGGGCACCGCGCAGCAGCAGACCUACUCCCAGCAGCAGUACCCCAGCCAGCAGAGCUACCCCGGGCAGCAGCAGGGCUACGGGCCUGCCCAGGGAGCCCCGUCACAGUACCCCAGCUACCAGCAAGGCCAAGGCCAGCAGUACGGAAGCUACAGAGCACCGCAGACAGCGCCGUCUGCCCAGCAGCAGCGGCCCUACGGCUAUGAACAGGCAAGCUUUCUGGAUGUUUCCAGAUGUGCCCAUCCACCGCGCCUGUCGAGACAUAAUGAAGAUUUCUCUUAUGGCCAUGAGGAAUAAUGAGCUGGAACUAACUGGCUUCCAGGGUUCCUUCCAGAAUGUUAAGUCUCUGAGCCUGUAAGGUUUUUCAGAAUUACCUCUGUGUAUAUACUCACCUCAGUCAUCCAGCUGGCUUUUCAUACCCUGAGCUCACCGUUAGAUCUGCAUGCCUGGUUCUCACAUUCGUUCACUCUGCCAGUGUUUGUCGCGUACUGGGCACGUGUCCGGUCUCUGCUGGGUGCUUGGUGUGUGGCCGUGCCACGAACCCUGCGCUUUCAGAGCUUAUUAUCUCGCUACGGAGACAUAAGGUUGUUCCACAGGCCAGACAGUGCUGAGAUCAGAGCGGGGGGCCCCGAGUGGAGCCCGCCUUCCAGGUGGGGGCACAGGCGGCUGCAUUUGGCCCCUGUGGACAAUUCCAGGACAAAGACACAGCGGGGAGUGGCAGCCCCAGGCUCAGCCCAGGGAGGGGUAGCCCUUUCUGCCCAGGAACAGCGAGCAGGGCUUUGAAGGAGCUGAGGAAAGAGCAGCUUGGAAGAUGGAAGAGCGGGAGCUCUUGGGACAGUGAGGAGGCCGGCUUGGCGGGAGGUGACAGGGACAGGUGGGCGUGGGGGCCUCCAUAAAGCAGGCAUCGCCUUCCCUGUGAGUAGGAUGGGGCCCCUGGAGGAGGACAGGGUCUGUGUGGCGGGAGCACUGCAGGAGCGAAGGCCUCCUAGAGGAGAAUGAGCCAGGCACAGGAAGCGGGCGUGCCAAGGUCCUGAGGCACCGGGAGGUUUGUCCCAGUGAAGGCAGCCCGAAGGAGGCUCGGUGGCUGGAGCACGGGGCAUACGAAGGAGAAUGGUCUUGGACAUUUUUUGGAGCCUCCUUUGAGAGAGUCCUUAGCAGGAAGUGGCUCUGUGUUGGUGACUCUGAGCUGGCCAGAGGUGUUAGGGACACUUUACACCGCCAGUGAAAUUUCAAAGCACUGCGUCGAUCAAGGUGGUUUUCUCAGGGAACUGGGUAGGUAAGAGGCCGAAUACUAUUUUUUAAAUGCUUCUCGUCCUCCUCCCUCAAGAGGGCAAAGGGUCACCAGGUAGAUGUAGAGAAGCCUAAAGAUCAUGUAACACAGGCCCCCUGCCAGGGCACAGUACUCAGAAGGUCAUGCCUGGGAAGGGCACACCGAUGAGGCAUUUACAAAGACGUUAGGAGUGCUCCUGGUGUGCUCUCAGGACACCGUGAGGCCACUGCAGCCGACGCCAGGGGCCGCCUCUCCCCAGUGUGUGCUGGGCGCCGGUCAGCGGGGAGCAGGCCCCAGCUUGGCCCUCUAGGCUUGCACAGGAGCGUCAUGCUGGGGUCUGGAAGGACAGCAGUCUGCAUCCAAAUUAGAAUUAAUGAUUCUGACGAGACACUAUACCUCCUUCAUACAGUCCUGAAAAUAACUUACUUGGAUUUUGUGAAAUAAGUGAAUGUCCUAACUUAAUUAUAAGACUGAACCAGAGGACAUACAACUUUAUGCCUACCUAUGAAAGGACCGUGACUGGUUGUGGUGGCCCAUACCUGUAAUUCCAGCACUUUGGGAGGCCAAGGCAGGAGGAUUGCUAGAGCCCAGGAGUUUGAG